AUAGCGGGAAUGGGAAAGAAGGGCAAGACUAAGCGUGCCCUAUACGAGGAGGAGGAGGAGGAGGAGGAGGAGGAGGAUGGUGAGAGCAGCGGGGCAGAGGAAGGCACCAAGAAGGCCAAUGGGGCUGACCCUUGGGAUUUCAGGGGGAAUGGGUGUGGAGGGGAGGAGGAGGAGGACGACGAAAGGGACGAGGAGGAGGACGAGGACGAGGACGAGGAGGAGGACGAGGACGAGGGGAACGAGGAGCAGGAGGAGGAGGAGGACGACGACGACGACGAGGAGUAGGAGUAGGAGGAGUAGGGGUAGGAGUA